AUGUCUCGGUCACGACAACCUCCCCUUGUGACAGGAAUCUCUCCAAAAGAAGGAAUUCCAUGGACCAAGGUCACAAUCAGAGGAGAGAACCUGGGAACUGGUCCAAAUGACCUCAUAGGUUUGACAAUUUGUGGACAUAAUUGCCUCCUGACUGCAGAAUGGAUGUCUGCAAGUAAAAUAGUGUGUCGAGUGGGACAAGCCAAAAAUGACAAAGGAGACAUCAUUGUGACAACCAAGUCAGGUGGCAAAGGAACCUCAACAGUCUCUUUCAAGCUACUGAAGCCUGAAAAAAUAGGUAUCUUGGAUCAAUCUGCUGUCUGGGUUGAUGAAAUAAAUUAUUAUGAUAUGCGCACGGAUAGGAAUAAAGGAAUUCCUCCUUUGUCCCUGCGUCCUGCUAAUCCGCUUGGGAUUGAGAUUGAAAAAAGUAAAUUUCCCCAGAAGAACUUAGAAAUGCUGUUCCAUGGAAUGAGUUCUGAUUUCACAAGUGAGAAUUUUUCAGCUGCCUGGUAUCUUAUAGAGAACCACUCAACCACCAGUUUCGAACAGCUCAAAAUGGCAGUCAAUAAUCUGAAGAAACAGGCUAACAAGAAGAAUGAAGGCAGUCUGGCAUAUGUGAAAGGAGGUCUUAGUACUUUCUUUGAAGCACAGGAUGCCCUCUCAGCUAUUCAUCAAAAACUGGAAGCAGAUGGAACAGAAAAAGUAGAAGGAUCCAUGACGCAGAAACUGGAGAAUGUUCUGAACAGAGCAAGUAAUACUGCAGAUACAUUAUUUCAAGAAGUAUUAGGUCGAAAGGACAAGGCUGAUUCCACUAGAAAUGCACUCAAUGUGCUCCAGCGAUUUAAGUUUCUUUUCAACCUUCCUCUAAAUAUUGAAAGGAAUAUUCUAAAGGGUGAUUAUGAUGUGGUUAUUAAUGAUUAUGAAAAGGCCAAGUCACUCUUUGGGAAAACGGAGGUGCAAGUUUUCAAGAAAUAUUAUGCUGAAGUAGAAACACGAAUUGAAGCUUUAAGAGAAUUACUUCUGGAUAAAUUGCUUGAGACACCAUCAACCUUACAUGAUCAAAAACGUUAUAUAAGGUACCUGUCUGACCUUCAUGCCCCUGGUGACCCUGCUUGGCAAUGUAUUGGAGCCCAGCACAAGUGGAUCCUUCAGCUCAUGCACAGUUGCAAAGAGGGCUAUAUAAAAGACCUGAAAGGUGGCCCAGGCCUGCACAGCCCCAUGUUGGAUCUCGAUAAUGAUAUGCGCUCCUCAGUGCUGGGUCAUCUUACUCAGACAGCAUCACUCAAGAGGGGAAGUAGCUUUCAGUCCCUUAGAGAUGAUACGUGGAGAUACAAAACUCCCCACCGGGUGGCGUUUGUUGAAAAACUGACCAAGCUUGUCUUAAGUCAGCUGCCUAACUUCUGGAAGCUCUGGAUUUCAUAUGUUAAUGGAAGCCUUUUCAGUGAGACUGCUGAAAAGUCAGGCCAGAUUGAAAGGUCAAAGAAUGUAAGGCAACGACAAAAUGAUUUUAAGAAAAUGAUUCAGGAACUAAUGCACUCUCUUGUGAAGCUGACCCGUGGCGCCUUGCUUCCGUUCACCAUCAGGGAUGCAGAUACGCGGCAGUAUGGAGGCUGGGAGGGGAAGUCUGGCCUCUCUGGGCAGUGGCUUGCACAUGCUGUCCAGACUGUAAGGCUUACUUAUGAAUCAUUGACUGCCUUGGAGAUCCCUAAUGACAUGUUACAGACCAUCCAAGAUCUUAUUCUGGAUCUCCGAGUACGCUGUGUGAUGGUCACACUGCAGCACACAGUGGAAGAAAUUAAGAGAUUAGCUGAAAAGGAAGACUGGAUUGUUGACACUGAAGGACUGACUUCUCUUCCCUGCCAGUUUGAGCAAUGCAUUGUACACUCCCUGCAGGCCUUGAAAGGAGUCCUGGAGUGCAAGCCCGGGGAAGCCAGCGUCUUUCAACAGCCUAAAACACAGGAAGAGGUUUGCCAACUAAGCAUCAAUAUCAUGCAGAUUUUUAUACACUGUCUGGAACAGCUGAGCACUAAGCCUGAUGCAGAUGUAGAUACCACACAUCUUUCUGUUGAUGUUUCUUCUCCUGAUUUGUUUGGAAGUAUCCAUGAAGACUUCAGUUUAACUUCUGAACAGCGGCUUUUGAUUGUCCUAAGUAAUUGCUGCUAUCUAGAACGUCACACCUUUUUAAAUAUAACAGAACAGUUUGAAAAGCACAGUUUCCAGGGAAUAGAGAAAAUAACACAGGUUAGCAUGGCCUCACUCAAAGAAUUAGACCAAAGACUGUUUGAAAAUUACAUUGAGUUGAAAGCAGAUCCUAUUGUUGGCUCCCUAGAGCCUGGGAUUUAUGCUGGGUGUUUUGAUUGGAAAGAUUGCCUACCUCCAACCGGUGUCAGAAACUAUUUAAAAGAAGCAUUGGUGAAUAUAAUUGCUGUGCACGCAGAGGUGUUCACUAUUUCCAAGGAAUUGGUGCCUCGGGUACUAUCCAGGGUGGUGGAAGCUGUUUCUGAAGAGCUGAGUCGACUGAUGCAAUGUGUUUCAUCAUUCAGCAAAAAUGGAGCAUUACAGGCAAGACUUGAAAUCUGUGCCUUAAGGGAUACUGUGGCCAUUUACCUGACACCUGAAAGCAAGUCUAGUUUUAAACAAGCUUUGGAAGUCCUGCCUCAACUCUCAAGUGGAGCAGAUAAAAAGUUACUGGAAGAACUUCUGAACAAGUUCAAGAGUAGUAUGCACUUGCAGCUCACCUGUUUCCAAGCUACUUCUUCAACCAUGAUGAAAACAUAA